AUGGCAGGAGUAGGCAAGAACGUUCGACGACGAAAUGGCAAGUUUGCUUCGUGUGAGCCUUGCCGGAAGGACAAGCUCUCAUUGACAGUGAAACAAGGCUACAGGACCGACACGAAGCUAGGACAGACGCAAUCGCGGUCGAAGGGCCGGAUCGAGAAUCGUCACCGUGCAAAGCGUCUGCGUGUAACCCUGCGAUUGAAACACCCCUGCCUGCAGGUGGCCGAGAUCCUCCGCUGGCUGAAAGAUCUGCCCAUUAUCGAGCAUUUAGUGCAGGAGUAUUACCGACUCAGCCAGUCGGCCGCCAUACCCGCCCCGUUUAUCCUGAACGUAUUAGCCUCCUUACUAGGGGACACAACAACGGCCACGUCCGUUCUCAACAACACCAGCAAGCGCUUGACGAUUCCACCGACAACAGAGGGUAGUGGAUUCCAUGAGUUGUUCACCAGUCGCCAGCUUCGACUCGAGAUAAUCGCCAUUAUUGGUGCCAUCGCCGGCAAAGCCAGCUGUUUCGCGCUGGCUCACAGCAAGGUGUCCAGACAUUUCGGUCCAGACUACCAGGCUCGUUUCCCUCGAAGAAUGAUGACAAUAAUCUGGCUUAGGAAUGGAAAGCUGACGAAUGGACCCUGCAUAGGUUCUACAACAGGGCACCGACUUGGCGAGCUCUCCACUACCCUGUUUGAGCUCGGCCUCCACCGCGAAUCCAAAGAUCUCCCGAUAUUCCUCGCCGAAACUCGACGACGAAUAUUCGCCGCUGCGUACCAGCUCGACAAAACGGUUGCCACCUUCCUCGGCCGACCCCCGCGUAUCUCCAUCCGCCAUUCCGACUGCAAGCCCCCACUGGACCUCGCAGACGAGAUACUGACGGUUGACAACGCACACCUGCAACUAAUCACCAGGACGCUGGACGUAAGCGGAUGGAACCUCCAAGAGCCCCCGGUUUUCCAGCGAGCAUCCUGGAUCCGCGUACGGUUCGAGCUCAGCACACUGCGCGAGGAGAUUCUCGAACUGUCUCUCCGCCCACCCAGCGCCGACACCGCCGCACAAUUGAGGAACAUCUCCUUCCGCUCCAGAAAAACCUGGUCCUCACUGCCGAAGCACCUACGAACCCCCGCAACCGCAUGGAGAGAGCCGGACACCCUCUCCGUCAGCGCGCGCCUCAUGCUGACGGUCACCCUUCUGACGCACCUGUACGACGACUUCCUCGUGCAGAGGCUGCUUCUACGCGAAGACAAUCAAGCACAAGGCCCACUGCUGAAGGUCAGCGCGCAGAUCCUCUCGACGGUGUUGACGCUAGGAACAUACGGGGAGGUUGCCACGGUGGACUUGCGUCGUGAUUUCAUUUUGGCUAUCCUGCUCUACGGCUUUCCCAGCGCCAGUGUGCUCGUGAAAGCACUGCAGACCCAGAGCCGCACGGGCCAGCCGCUUCCCUAUGCAGGAUCACGGGCGGCGCUAAUCCGCGACCUCGGCGUCUUCCUGUCACACCUGGAAUCCAUCGCGAAGACAGACAAAGUGCACGGACUGCUGUGCGAGCGGACGAGUAAAGUCCUCUUGCAGAUCUUGGAUGAGGUGUUGGAAUCGGGGCUGUCGAGCGCGCCGUUCGCUCCCUCGGAGAUAGGUGAUUUGCCGGAUUUAAUAUCCGAUGGGUUGGGCUUACUUGGGGACGAGAUGGACUUCUGGGGAAGCGUGGAGCCGGGGAUUGUGUUUGAUCAGUGGAUAUUGUGA